AUGAAACCACUUGCCACACAAUGAAGAUCCAAAUUAAUGCUUUUUCUUCCUAUAAAACUGACAUUUGUAUGCCUUUCGAUCAUGAUAGUCUCAAUUCUCCAAAAACAAUGGGCAACUGUUAAGACUGGAGAUGAAUCCUACCAUAUGAAUUUCCUUACUCCCCAUCACAGGUUUAUCAUGAAAAUGUCUAGCUCAGCUGUGUAAGAGAUAUUUUGCAAUAGAAGUUUUAGCUCAGCUGGCAAGAAUAUUUCCUUAUGCCAAUCCCUAUAAUUGGUUAGCACCCUUGGCUGCUGGGAUAGGAUAGCUGGCGAUAUAGACUGGCACCAAAGCGUGUGGGACGAAGACUGGGUAAUGUGUGCUGAGGCUUCUCAUGAUUAAAAACGCCAAUAGGUGGAUUGUCUAAUGUUAGAUAGAAAUAGUGCAGCUCAUCAGGCUCCAACGGAGAAGACUCAAGUUGAUUGGGCGUAAUUGCAUGAAAACAGAUGACCUAAUUAAGUGAAAUGUGAAGAUAAGCUUCUUUAUAGCGCUAGUGAUUAUUAUUGAAGGCCUUAUGGUCUAGUACAGUAAACUUUGACUCUUCAAGACUGAUUUUCCAAUAACAUUUAGGGGAGGAUUUAGAUGCACAAAUUGCAAACUUUGGACUCAAGAUUGAAGCUGAAGAUGCUUUAGAAAUUACAUGUGCGAAUCAGAUCCUAACUUAGGAAAUUGCGCAGUAUAUUCAGACGGAUGAAAUGCUACCAAAUACUUUUUGAUUUUGGAGAUUCUAGCAUUCAUUUUUGGGCUUGUGUUGCUAGAAAAGCUUAUUUUGGCUUACAGAAAUAAAUAUUUUGGCAAUACAGUGAUAGUUCAUUUAGCAGCUGCCUCUAUGGCCCUUUUCCAUACAGGCGCUGUAUAUGUAUGGUUUUCGUUGAACCACACUAGCUGAAUAAGAAGCCACACCAAUCGCCCUCACGUUGUUGCCAAGAAUGGCCCUAAACUAUAUUAGAUUAAGUUUGGAAGGUAUUUAUAGCCCUACUUCACUAUUAACUCUGUUCCGUAGUGGUGCAUUGCGGUAUGACAUAGUGCUACCAUCUUGCAGCCUGAUCGAAACCUUAAGUUUUUCGGUAAUGAUGUCACCUCGGGUCAAAAGGACUCUGCUGGUUAUCACUUUUUCCAAAAGCACACCAGCUGUCUAAUUUGUCCACCUCAUUCCCAAAAAGUUUAACAGUUUCACCAUUCAGAGAAAGUCACCAAAGCAGCUUGAGCAGAUAGACCAACCUGCUCCAUAAUUUGACCCAACUGGGCUGGGUGCUGCUGGAAAAAUGAGAUGUAGUUAGCUGCCUUAAGGUUCAGGACUCAAUUCAGCGGAAAAGAGGCUCAUAUCUCUCGCUUCGAGGCUGCUGAACAUCUCUGGGCUAUAAUUGGAUCCCAAAAACAACGUUGACAUUCAUAAGGACUCUAUCUCGCCAUGAUUGGAAGCUCGCCUUUAGCCAUUUUAUACAUAUAAAAAUGGCCCUAAACUUGCCCUUAUAAACACUUUUUUUGCAUUUUCUGCAUUUAUUAGUGUUUUAUAUUUACUCAAAAAGCAUGGAAAUGAGACCUAUGCUUCAAUGUCAUUAGACACAAAAAUAGGCAAAAAAACAGCAAAAUAUUGACUAAAACUUUCAGGCGCUCUUUUUAUUCUCGGAUUUCUUUCUCACGUAAUAGUGCUCGGCAUUGGGAGAUGGGCAUUGAGAUAUACCUUUGAAAACGACACUAUCUGGCAAGGUGGUCUCCUUAACUGUUACUAUUGUGAAGAAGGCAUUGAUAAUAUCCAUUGGGAUUGCUUAGCUUCAGUAACUUGCCAUUUUGCUCCGAAUUCAGGCACUUGUGAUUUUUAUAAAGACUUAUGAAAAGCUUCAGUUUCUUAUAUAAUUUUCAUACUCAUUGCUCUGAUAAAUUUUAUACUCUUAGCUCAGUCAUUUUAUUCUAUAUUGAAACGAAGGGAUUACGGAAUUCCUUUUUUGAAUUAUCUUUAUGCAGUUUUAUUGUGCGGUUUUAAUUUAAUUGCGGCUAUAUCAUAUAUAUGGAUAAGCCAGGCUAAGAUGUUUUCUAUUGAGUGCAGUGAAAGAGUUGGGUAUGAUGAUAGACCAGCUUUAUGCCCAACUGGAGGGCCAUAUACCAUUUUAGGGUCAAAUUUAUUUACUUUGCCAGCUACAGUGAUUUUUUUAAUUGUGUAUUACAGAAGGGUAGAAGUGGAAUAUGAAAUGAAGCUGGAAGAGUCGGUGAUUGAUAUGAAUUCAGAAGAUAGUGGUAUAGAACUCAAUAUAAUAACAGAGUAA